UUGAAUGAGUUUAACGAUGUGCUGUUUUCAUACCUAAUUCUUGUUCACUAAAGUUAGUAGGUCAUCCAUUCGCUUUUCAUCGGAUGGCCCAAGUUCGAGAAAUUAUCAGAAGGAAUUUUACAAGCUGCGGGACCAUCAUACCUUACUUCCUGAAGUGGGCGAGCACAUCAGUAAACCAUUAUGGCAAGAGCCCCAGGUUCUAGUCGACCUAUUGUAAUGAUGGAUUGGCAGAGCACUGCUGAGGGCGAGACGGUUCUACAACAUUUCUACAACCCUCAGACAACGGGACGAAAACUAUUUGGAAUUCUAGAACGUCCGUCUAUAUUGACACAAGUGGAAGAAGUUUGCUACAAGCUGUUCUUUGUCGGAAAGGCUGGUAUCGGAAAGACGGCGACUAUAGCAAGACUGGCUGGCACCUCUAUCCCUUCAACUUAUAUAGAAACUGUCGGCAUUCGGAAAACCAACAUUUACUGGCCUGUGAAGAUCUGGGAUAAAGUGAUUCUCUUUAAACUUCAGUGUUGGGAUGCAGGCGAAAACACGAUAAAGAAAUACAGUCAUAUUUUGCCCUCCUGCAAAGAGAAGGUAGAUGCCGUAGUUUAUGUGUUCUCAUACACGGACGCCAACAGCUUCAUGGAAUUGCCUCAACUGAUCAACAAAAUGUCAAAAGAUGACCCUAACCAACCAGCAUCAAUCGUUAUUGGAACCAGAUUCAGUUCGACCAGCAAACUGGAGGUCGAGCCCUCUGAGACUAAAGAGUUUGAGGCUAAGUUGAGAGUGCCUGUAUUGAGACUGGGCAAGUCUACAAGUAGCGACCGCAAUGAAGUCCACAAGGUAGCGCCACUGCUGAACUCACUCUGCGAGAGGCUCUGGGUUCGAGACCAGGAUUAUCUAUUGAAACAUGGCUUCACUAUGUAACUACGCAGAAGGUGUUUGCGCAACUGAAGUAAAUGCUGGCUCGGGUGUAUAUUCUUCAGUUGUACCACCUACUUAUACAUUUUACUAUGGAGAAUCGUUGAUAUACCAUUCCGUUGUUAAA